GAGUGAACGGAAUUCUUUGAAGGCAAGGACAAGCGUAAAAGAAAUAAACUGGGAAACAGCGGAGCGCUUGAAGAUUAAUCCGAGGAAAUGUGCUAUGAAAAACAAUGAGGGAAAAAACAGAGGAAACAGAAGACAUGUUGUUUGCAUAUAUGAUGUUGAAGUUUGUUGUUAAUUUUGCGUAAUUGUAUCAUGAAAUUUACUUGCGAGCGGCAACCGGCUGCAGUCGGUGAUUUCUAUUCGUCUAAUAUAUCUUCUGAUUGGUUAUGAGUAACAAAGUUAACCUAAAAAAUUUCAUGCAUAUCAAUUCUUGUUGGCGGUAUCCAUAAUUUGCAUAUUCCAUGCGGGCUUUAUAUUUAUAAAUAUUACUCGUAUCUUCUAUGUUCUGCUGAAGCACAAAAACCCAAGAGAUCCAAAUAAGCAAGCAAAAGGAUGAGGAGGAGCCCUUUUCAGCCUAUAUUAUUUUGUGUUUUCUUGUUUAUUUAUUCAAGGUUGUUUCUCAUACAAAUGGUGGUGGCUCAAAACAAAACAAUCCAAGUGAAUGUGGGAGUGGUACUUGAUUUGGAGGAUUGGGUUGGCAAGAUGGAGUUGAGCUGCAUCAAUAUGGCCCUCUUAGACUUCUACGCCAGCUAUAAUCAUUACCAAACCAGAUUGGUCCUCAACAUCAGGGACUCCAAGAGAGAUGUUAUUGGUGCGGCCGCUGCAGCGUUGGACUUGAUAAAAAAUGUUGAAGUGCAAGCACUCAUAGGACCAUCAACAUCGAUGCAGGCAGAGUUUGUUAUUGAUCUAGGAGAAAAAGCUCAAGUACCCAUCAUAUCAUAUUCUGCAUCAAGUCCGUCUCUUACUUCCAGACAGAGUUCAUAUUUUUUCAGAGCUACACAGAAUGAUGCAACUCAAGUGAAUGUCAUUGGUGCAGUAUUUCAAGCCUUUGGAUGGAGAGUAGCAGUGCCCAUCUACAUAGAUAACGAGUAUGGCCAGGGAAUUAUACCUUAUUUAACUGAUGCUUUAGAAGCAAUUGACACCCGCAUUCCUUACCGGAGUGUUAUUUCUCCGUCAGCUACUGAUGACCAAAUUGCAAAAGAGCUUUACAAGUUGAUGAGUAUGCAAAAUAGAGCCUUUAUUGUACACAUGCCACCCUCUCUUGGCUCUCGGCUUUUCACCAAAGCAAGAGAGGUUGGAAUGAUGAGAGAAGGCUACCUUUGGAUCAUGACUGAUGGGAUGACUAAUUUCUUGAGCUCAACAGCUCCUUCAAUCAUUGACUCGAUGCAAGGGGUAUUGGGUGUCAGAACUUAUCUUCCCAAGACAGAACGGCUUGAAAAUUUUCAGAUUCGAUGGAGAAGGAAAUUUCAGGAGGAUAAUCCGGGUGCAGUCGGUGCUGACUUGAACAUUUAUGGACAAUGGGCUUAUGAUGCUACCAUAGCACUAGCCAUGGCAAUAGAGAAAUCUGGGACUGAAAGCUUAGGCUUCCUAAAGGAAAAUGUGUCUAGCAAUUCAACGGAUCUUGAAACAUUUGGGGUAUCUCAGGAUGGUCCAAACCUUGCUCGAAGAUUAUCACAUAUUAGUUUUAAAUGUCUUACUGGGGAUUUCCUAUUUCUUAAUGGGCAACUGCAGCCAUCAACCUUCCAGAUAGUUAAUGUGAAUGGUAAUGGAGUGAGAGGUAUUGGAUUUUGGACACCAGGUAAAGGUCUAGUCAAAAUAUUGAAUUCAACAAAAAGUACAAGUGAAUAUGAGUCUAGUCUAGCUCCAAUCAUAUGGCCAGGAGACUCAAUUUCAGUUCCUAAGGGUCGGGAGAUUCCAACAUAUGGGAAGAAAUUGCGAAUAGGUGUGCCAGUAAAGGAUGGUUUUGGUAAAUUUGUGAUGACGACAAGAGAACCUACUACAAACACCACAAUGGUGACAGGCUACUGCAUAGAUAUAUUUAAUGCCAUAGUGGAAGCAUUACCUGAUACUCUGAAUUAUGAGUACGUUCCCUUUGGCGAGCCUGGUGGAGAGAAUGCUGGAAGUUACGAUGAUCUCGUCUAUCAAGUGUACCUAGGGAAUUUUGAUGCAGUGGUGGGAGAUGUAACAAUUAUCUUGAACAGAUCCCAGUAUGUGGACUUCACCCUGCCAUACAAGGAAUCAGGAGUAAACAUGAUAGUACCAAACGAGGACAACAAGAACAAAAAUGCAUGGGUUUUCUUGAAGCCUUUGACGUGGGACCUUUGGGCAACUAGCUUUUGUUUCUUCAUUUUCAUAGGACUCGUCAUAUGGAUCCUUGAACACAGAAUAAAUAAUGAUUUUCGAGGCCCUCCUUCACAUCAAUUCAGCACUAGCUUAUAUUUUUCCUUCUCAACCAUGUUUUUUGCUCAGAGGGAGAGAGUGUUCAAUUGCUUGGCUCAAAUAGUGUUAAUUGUAUGGUGUUUCGUGGUAUUGAUACUCAUCCAAAGUUACACCGCCAGCCUCACAAGUCUGCUAACAGUCCAGCAGCUCCUGCCCACUGUUACCGAUGUAAAUCAACUUAUAAAAAAUAAGGAGAAUGUUGGAUACAAGAAUGGUUCUUUUGUCCGACAAGUCUUGAAGAAUUUGGGUUUUGAAGAAACCAAGCUCGUGGCUUAUAAUUCUUUUGAAGAAUGUGACCAACUUUUGUCCAAAGGAAGUGGGAAUGGUGGCAUUGCUGCUGCUUUUGACGAAGUGCCAUAUAUGAAGCUGUUUCUGGCACAGUACUAUUCGCAGUAUACCAUGGUGGAGCCUAUUACCUAUAGGACAGAUGGCUUUGGAUUUGUCUUUCCUAUAGGUUCACCUCUAGUAGCAAAGGUUUCAAGGGCAAUUCUGAACGUGACUGAGGGACCUAAAAUGAGGGCGAUCGAGGAGACAUGGUUUGGCAUCCAAAACAAUUGCCAAGAUGUUAGCACGUCCAUCUCUUCUCCUCGGCUUAGUGUUAAAAGUUUUUGGGGACUUUUCUUGAUUGCAGGAUUAAUUGCAAUUAUUUCUCUUGCCAUCUUCAUAUCCAUAUUUAUUUACGAACACUGGCCCUCUGAUUCCAGAGAUUCUGGAUGGAGUAAAAUUAUUUAUUUAUUAAGAAUUUUCGACCAAAGGGACUUAGAAUCGCAUACUUUCAGAACUGACAGGAAUACUACUAAUCGUCCCAACAAUCUCCACAGGUUUGCUAGAAGGAACAGGUUCACCAUCUGGGGAACAUAGUGAUGCAGACACAAAUAGGUAGGCAUCGAAAAAGAGCAGUAGUACAAAAUGUUUAGCUCAUCGCUCUGUCUAGUUAGAGAAAUAGCAAUCAAAAGGAAGGAAUUAGGUUAUAAUAAUGAUAUUAAAGUGUGUUUUAAAUCAA